AUGCCUAAGUUAUUAGAAGAGGAUCCGCGGCCUCCGUUUGGUUUCACGGAGGACUAUUUCUCAGACAACAUAGCAGAUGAAGGUGCUUCGGCCCGCGACUCAGCCAAAUACUGGAAAAACCGAGAGAAAAUAGCGACUGCUACGAGGAAGGCAAUCAAAAAAGAAAUAACGAAAGCCAUAGAAGAGGAACGACGAACCAAGAAAACCCUGAGAAAGUCUUUCGAAGCCACCGUGCCACCCCUUGAAGAGAUCAAUACCGAAAGAUUUGCAGGUUCAACUGUGUUACUCAAGUCGAGAUGCCAAGCGCAUCAUCUAGCUACUGACGCGUGGCAAGACAAAAGCCUUGAUGUUUUGACCCUGUGGACCGAUGGGUCAGUCAAUGCGUUCGAUGGCGGAGCUGCAGUUGUCUUCAUGGAUAAGUCUUUGGGGUGGGAACAGGCUAUCCCGAAAGAAAUAGGCUGGCAAGUGAAGGGACACCACGGCCGGUCGGGAGAUGUCGAGCUCAUGGCCAUCGCUGGAGCCCUUGAAGCAGCCAUAUUCAUCGUUUCGCAGCAAUCGAAUUCUCAUAUACGCAGAGUUGCUAUAUUCUCUGACUCGGGAGCUGAGGCUAUUCCACGGUGUUCAGAGAUUUGGCACUUCCCAAUACCACCUAUUGACUCGUUAGUUCGACAACGGUCUCAUGAACUGGUGCGAUUAGGAGUAGCUUUAUCUCUCAUUUGGGUUCCGGGCCAUAGUGGUAUUGAAGGAAACCACCGAGCCCACAAUAUCGCUCACCGUAUGGCAAAGCUUGAUCGCCAGGACCUGUGCCAAGGCGUCGUAUCUAUACCUCGAUCUACGGAUGAUAUUGUGGAUUUUGGUUUUCACCAUGAGCCAGUUACCCCGAUAAAGAUUAAUGCUUGGAGAUGGCUCAUCGGGAUUAUUACCGGCGCUCUUGGGGCUUUGGGAAAUGGCUUGAUGGGAAAGAGAUAA